AGUGAAGUGAAAGAGAUAAGAUGAGAAAGUAGAGAAGCAUCAAACAUGGCUGAUAUUGAUGAAGUGAAGCUGUUCAGAACAUGGUCAACUCCAUUUGCUUUGAGGAUUGUUUGGGCGCUGCAACUGAAGGGUGUUCAAUACGAAACAAUCUAUGAAGAUCUCUCCAACAAAAGCGAUGCCCUCCUUCUCUACAACCCCAUUUAUAAGAAAGUCCCUGUCCUUUUGCACAACUCUAAACCCAUCUGUGAAUCUCUUGUCAUUCUUGAAUACAUCGACGAAACAUGGAACCAACAUCCUCAUCUGCUCCCCCAAGACCCUUAUGACAGAGCCAUCGCUCGAUUUUGGGCCAAGUUCGGAGAAACUGAGGUUUUGCCAGCCGUAUGGGAUACCUUUUCAAAGGCACCAGGGAAGGAGCAAGAGGAAGCUUAUUCGAGGGCGGUGGAGAAGCUCAAGUUGCUGGAUGAAGAGCUGAAGGGAAAGAAGUUGUUUGGUGGAGAGGAAAUUGGAAUGGUGGACAUUGCUUUGGGAUGGAUGGCCAACUUGGUCAGUGUGUUUGAAGAGAUUAUUGGUUUCAAACUUAUAGAGGAGCAGACCAUGCCGCGUUUGACGGCUUGGAUGGUGGCUUUGGAUGAGAUUCCUGUGGUCAAAGAAAAUUGGCCGGAUAGAGAUAAACUCGUUACCAAGUUCGCUGCCUUGCACCAGAACUUCCUUUCCAAAGAGGCUCCAAGAGACAAGUGAUGGCUUUGUUGUAGAUGUUCAUUUACAUCUGUGUUGCCCUUUUUUCUUAUCGUAUAAUAAAGCCAAAGUUAAGGCGGGGAAGUCUUUAAGUUCCAUACAUACAUGAGGAGAAUAUUAAUUAGUAUUAUUGGUCCUCUUGUACUGUGUAAUAAUGACAUAAGAAAUCAGAGAUUAAUCGAAAGUGUGAUCAAUCUUUUAUUAGAAAUGAAAUGGCAGAGUACUUGAGUG